CUUCGGAAGAAGUUGGGUCUAAUUCACUCUCCUGAGGCUCCAGGGAGCGGACGGUGGCGCUGCAGUCUGGGCUUUAACCAAAUAGUUGAGCUGCAUAUUGUCAAAUGGUCUGAACCAUACGUUCUAGAGAAACGCUGUAUUCUGUACCCGCCGUCACUGCAUUUAUACUGUGUUCUCUGAUCAGAUUCAUAUUGGAGCAAGAGAUGAGCUCAGCCAGGAUUGACCUCUGCUGCUCAAAGCUGGCCGAGAUCCUCAUAAUGUGAUGAUAAAUGUGCAGCUUACUGUUCCCCAAAGAAAACCAGCAUCCACUUUUUAGUUCAACGUUUAAUUUUGAAAAGACUUCGUGCAUCGCUUCCUACCUCUGUGAUAAACCGACAAUUACACUGACCACAGGGAGACAUGAAUGCAACAUCCUGGAAUCUCUAGUUCUUAUGGGAAGCAGUGUUGAUUAAAACACUGACUCACUGCUAAACAAAUGAAAUGGAGCUGGUGCUGGAGGGAUUUCCAGCUGUAGUGAUGAUUCCUGCAGCAGCAGGUAGAGAAAGUGACGUGCUCAGGGUGCGGCUCCGCGUGCGACCCACUAGGUGGCGGUGAUGGUGCGUGAUGCGGGCAGAGGGUGAUGGGCUCGGGCGGAGUGAGAGGCGCUGAACCAGGUCAGGGGUUCUGUGAGAUCUGAUCCCCAGAGACAAUACAGCAGCAGGGUAUUACCCUGCAUGAUAACGAGUUAUCAUGUGUGCAAAGAGGCGUCACCGCGCGUUUCCAGUUGAACCGGACCCACGCCCUGCAUUUCUCAGGGGUCUUCACUUUCUUUUCACCCUGCUCCUCCAUUGUUCCUGCUCCCGUCCGUGUUCCGCCGGGGCGUCCUCGGGUGAAAGCGGCGUCUCACGUUGCUCAGGAGGCAUUGUGUCCACGCUCAAUGGGAUCACUGUGGAGACGGCGGCGUUCCUGUUUCCAGCACCGGCGCGCGCUCCGGGUUUCACCCAGUCGGGUCAGACCAGAACCUGAGGGGUUUGGACCCAGCGUACGAACAUGCGAGGCCAAAUGUUGCUCUGUGUCCGUUCGAGUGAAACGUUUUGUUUCGUGGCACCUUUUUACUAAACCACAUAGAACCUCUUGUUCGACUAUUUACUUUGUCAUUUAUAGUAUUCAUUGCUUGAAGUGUAUCUAAGCUUUUUUAAAUGAGAUUAUCGUUGCUAUGUAUUAAACCUGCCGGCAGCACGUGAAGCUGCUCCAUCGUCCCCGAUACGUUAAUGACUCAUUAAUUAAUUAGUUAAUUAAACGAAUAAAGCCGUUACAGCUGCUGUUUACAAGCAUGUGACGCUUCAUACAGUGAAACAAUUUGAAAGUGUGCCUCAAACUACGUGUGUUUAUUAAAUGCCCACCUUUUUUCACUCCUCUCAGGUGUCGAGUUGCGUCGUGCUGUGUUGCUGUGGGAUUGGACACAGUGACUCCUCCCAAACAAAGAGUCACAGACUCACCGGGGAAAUCUGGUCCGACCGCUCUCACUCACAGCGACGGCGUCAAAACCUGGUUGAGGAGCGCGAGACGAAGCCCACGGACCGACUCAACUCUAACCAUGGCCUCCACCCUCUCUGUGCGCAGCUACUCCAUCCGCCAGCCCUCCUUCUCCAGCAUGUCCACCCGGGACAGCGGGCGCAGCCUCCGCCCCAAGCCCUCCGUCUCCCCGCUGGCCGCCGUCAGCACGCUGUCCCUGUCGCGCUCCGUCUCCGUGGGCAACGGCCUGAACAUGCUGGGCUCCAGCCUCUCGCUGAACGGCCGCGGCGCCGGCGCCAGCGAGAAGGAGACCAUGCAGGGCCUGAAUGAGCGCCUGGCCACCUACCUGGACAAGGUGCGCUCGCUGGAGCGCUCCAACGCCGAGCUGGAGGUCCGGAUCAAGCAGCUGAUGCUGGAGAGGACGCCGAAGGGACACGACAUAGAGGCAAUGAUGGCCCAGGCGCACGCCAUCGGGCAGGAGGUGAGAAAGAAGACUCUGGAGAACGCCCGCAUCAUGCUGGAGAUUGACAACGCCAGGCUGGCGGCCGAUGACUUCAGGGUCAAGUGGGAGGCAGAGGCCACUCUGUGCCAGUCGGUGGAGAGGGACUGUCAGGCGCUGAAGAGAGCGAAGUCCGACCACGACCAGAUCAUCGCCACUCUGCGAGGAGACCUGGACAGCCUGAAGGAGGAGCUCUACUUCCUGAAGAAGAAUCACGACGAGGAGAUGAGCUCUCUCAAGGUGCGAAUGGCCAAUGAACAGGUGAAUGUGGAGGUGGAUGCAGCUCAGGGUCCUGAUCUGGGGGCCAUAAUGGCUGAGCUCCGGGUCCAGUACGAAGGCAUCGCUCGCAAAAACAAGGAGGAGGCUGAGGCCUGGUACCUCAGGAAGCUGGAAGCAGUGCAGUCGGAGGUCAAAGAGAGCAACGAGGCCCUGCGAUGUGCUCAGGGGGAGCUCGGAGAGAGAAGACGUUUCCUGCAGGCUCUGGAAGUUGAGCUCGACAGUCUUCGCAAGCAGGUUGGCGUGUUGGAAGGAAACCUGGGAGAAACGGGCCACAAGUACUCUGUGGAGAUGGACCGCCUGCAGCUCACACUCACCCAGCUGGAGGAUGAGCUGUCUCAGCUGCGUCUGGACAUGCAGCGCAACAAAACCGACUACGAGCAGCUGCUGCGCAUCAAACAGAACCUGGAGAUGGAGAUCGCCACGUACAGGAGGCUGCUGGAAGGAGAGGAAGUGGUGAAAGAAGCGCCAGCGCCGCCCAAAAAGGAUCCUGACGUCCGGACCAGGAAGAUUGUAAAGGUCGUCACCCAGACCAUGAUCAACGGGAAAGUGGUGGAUGAGUCGAGUGAGGUGGAGCAGAUAGAGGAGAGCAAAAAAUGAGCCGACGCGUCCUGCACAUUCUGAACAAACACGUCUGUGAAAUCCAGGACUUUACUUGAGUACACCCCAGAUUCUGACACUUGUUUCUUACUUGUUUUCUUCAUUUUAUAGAUAAAUAGAUUUUGGAUAGAAAAAGACAGAAAAAGAUUUUUAUUUUUUAUUUUAAAAAAUUAGGGUGUGUGAUUCCAUUUUAAAAGAUAUAACAAAAAAUUUAGGCCUUACUGAUGGAUAAUAUAUGUACUAUCAUUUAUUUUAGUGUCCUUAUGAGAACCAAAUUGUCCACUUAAUAUGGACAAUGAGGAAUAUGAAAAUGGAAUAUUGUCCAUAUUUUAAUAUUGUAUGUAUUAAUAAAAGCCAAACAAAGGAUUGUCCAGUGCUAUAAAUCCAUGGAAUGUCACACUGUGAAUUUCUAUUUGCCACAGUAAUCUUGACUCAAUAUUGAAACAUCUAGUAGUUUAGUAUCUGGGUAAAGCAAAUACACUGAGCCUCAAAUUGAUUUUGUUUAUGAUUGUACUUUCAUACUAAAGACUUAUGUUUAUUUUUUAUUACAAUUUAUAUAAACAGAUUGUACAUUCGCUAUCGACAUUGUUAGAAAACAUGCACAGUGUGACUCAAUCCAAUAAACAACUCUGCCAUUAAUUCUACUUUUACAAAGUUAUCAUUUCACAGUUUUUAAAAUUGGGCUCUCAGUAAGGUUAUAAUUCUACAAUACUGUAUGUUUAUUUUUAUUAUGUUUAUUAUUGAGGUCUCUAGUUGUACUCUACUGAAAUAUUUUACUAAUGGUUUCUAAUUUGUUGACCCCCGAUUCAAUUUAAAUAUGAUGUCACAAGACAUAAGACAUCUUUAUUAUUAUAAUCAACUAUGCUUCGACUCCACCCACUGUGACCUCAGGAGGUCUUUAUUUUACAACUGUACAGUAGCUACUGUGACCAACACUUGCAGUGUAUCAAUAAUGGUAUAAUUGAAGUUUGUUUCAACCAAAGCUGUACAUUGUCAAUAAAAAUAAAUACUAUGCCAUCUUGAUUUUUGGA